UACAUUCACCUUCGAGACUUGUACUCCUGAGUGUAUUUCAACGUGCUUGGAUCAUCAGUAUAUUAUGGUUUUUGUUCCUUAAUUCUGAAGAAAGUAAGCAGAUUAAGAUACGCAAUUGAGAGACCAAAAACCCACAUCAAUCAAUCAUAGAAAAAUAUAAUUGAUUAAUUUAGGGUUUGUUUGAUCAGUACUUAUUAUUCGAGGGUUUUCUUCCCCAAAUUUGUGAACCAGUCGAGCUGCCGUUUUCUCCUCUCGUCUGAUUCCACUUGUAUACGCCGCGGCGGUGAAUCGUGAAUUGUGAUGAGUUCCAAUACGUUGCGGAGAAGACUCCACCGUGGAGAUGUCGGUGGAGGAAGAUACGAUCGUUACGAGAAUUCCGGAACCGAUUCGCUGAACGAGCCAUUGCUUGGAGAUAGUGAUUAUGAUUACAACAAACAUUCCGAGGGGCAAGCACUCGAGGAUAUUUUGGAUGAUGAACGGAGUAAAGAGCGCCUGCAUUGGAUGCUGCUCUUUUCGAAUGUAAUUGCGCAGUGGGCGCAAUGGUUAGCAAAUAUUGUCAUCGGGCCUGGAUCUUUGUUUGGACGAAUUUUGCCAUUUAUUUCCGGCGGUCAAAAUGGAAUAAAUAGCAACCUUCCACCUCUUUUACUUAGUUCCUUGCAGGAAGCAAGGCUGAAAUAUCUAAAGCAGAGGCUUUCGGUUCCUUUUGACGGCACUUCUUCAGAGCAUCAAGACGCGCUUAGACAACUUUGGAGGUUAUCUUAUCCCGAUAGAGAACUCCCACCUCUUAAAUCAGAAGUUUGGAAGGACAUGGGUUGGCAGGGGUCCGACCCUUCAACAGAUUUCAGGGGUGGAGGAUUCAUAUCAUUGGAGAACCUAAUCUUCUUUGCCAAGAAAUUUCCGGAGGCGUUUCAAAGCUUGUUGCACAAGAGAGAUGGAGACAGGUCUGAAUGGGAGUACCCCUUUGCUGUAGCUGGAAUAAAUAUUUCUUUCACUCUGGUUCAAAUGUUAGAUCUUCAAUCAGGGACACCUGGCACUCUGGCAGGACACCGCUUUCUGGAAUUGCUAAGCCAAGAUGAAAUGGCUUUUGACAAUCUUUUCUGUGUUGCUUUCAAAUUAUUGGACGCUCAGUGGCUUGCAAAGCGGGCUUCGUACAUGGAAUUUAAUGAUGUUCUCAAGUCGACAAGAUCACAACUAGAGCGCGAGAUGGCAUUGGAAGAUGUGUCGAGCGUGAGAGAUUUGCCGGCUUAUAAUUUACUCAAAAGCUAAUACUGAUGGCCAUAACACCGAAUUUAUUUUUUCUUGAUGUAUAUGGCUCAACUGUUCUCUUCAUACCAAAAAUUGUAAAUUUAUUUUGUACAAGGUUGAAGCAUUUUAUUAGUAUCAUUAAGUAAUAACAAAUGACUUGAAGCCACUA